GUACUGCCGUUUCCUGCGUGUGUUCUCGAUUACCAGGUACCAGCACGGGCCCCUCGACGGUCCCGCCCCCAAGAUCACGGUCAGACUCAAGGACUUCCAGCCAAAGACGGAGGAUAGUUCGCGCAGUGAGCGACUGUCCCAUCUUAUAAAGCGAGCACUUCAGUGGUGUGCCGAGACGCCAUAUAUAAGUGUUUUGAAUUUACAGGUGGUGCCUCUCCGGGCCGGGGCAGAGAACACCGUCGCCUCCACCUGGCUCCUCGAGAGUCCCGGCCACAUCGCCAACAAGUUUUCUUCCUUCGUCCGCGUCAUCUACACCAGCGAGGCGUCCGGCGAGGCGGAUGACAUGUCUCCCUCGCCGCCCGACAACGCCCAGGAGAGCAGCGACUCCGCCAUCGAGGUCGAGAAAGGAGACGACGAAAAGGAGGAGGACGACGAGAAGGAGGAGGACGACGAAAGUAAAGUCGACGGCGAGGUCCAGCCGGACGGCGAUUCGGGUGAAGAUGCCAACCUCCCGGGGGUAGUCAGCGCAGGACCGACGCUAGCCAAGUCGUCUCAGGUCAUCCACUGCAAGACCUUCAUUCCUAACCUGGUGUCCAGUGAUCAAGAGAAUACAAGGUUGUCCCAUGCUCCUCAGUUCGGGCAGGUGAUGACGUCACAUGUAGUGCCGUUGGGGGAUACAGAAGUAAAAGAUUUCUUACACGUGAUUAAGUACGAAAUCAUGAAUGUAAGGACAAAUGUCGAAGAAACAUUUGUCCAAGAAACCAGUGGUUCUCGCCUUCUUACAGUGGACAUGUGA